UGUUUAAAGAUGGCGGGUAUUGUGUUCGCGCUCGCAGCAUGGCAAGCAGUGUUACUUUGUCUGUUGUUUGCAGUAAUGUACGUCGGCAGUCUAUAUGUUUGGACAGCCACGGUGACCAAAGACCGAGAUCACCCGGACACAAUCAAGCGACGGUUCAUAAGUGUGGGGAUUAUCUCCCUUGUUGUACCGCCCAUGCUGUGGUUCUUCAGUGAAUACCAGGAUUCAGAUCAGGCACAUGGCCUACUUUCAUGGCUGGGGAUUCGGUUCUGGGGAUUUUUGCCGGCUCUCUUUGUUCCACUGAUACUCACAAUGGUGCUCUUCAUGGGACCUCUGGCUCUGCAUUACAUAGAUGGAGUGUUCAGACUGUAUCUGGAGCCACGUUACUGGACCAACAGUCUCAGCAACCUGAUCUGGAUCCGCAACCACAUCGUAGCACCAUUUUCUGAGGAGUUCAUAUUUCGAGCAUGCAUGCUGCCAAUCUUGGUGCCAGCAUUUGGUCCAGGAACUAGCAUAUUUCUCUGCCCAUUAUUUUUUGGAGUCGCUCACUUUCAUCACAUGAUAGAAAAGAUCAUUCAGGGUCAACAGGAAGUUGUGGAGGCAUUCAAACAGUCAGUGUUCCAGUUAUUCUACACAACCAUAUUUGGGGCCUACUCUGCAUUUCUCUUCCUCAGAACAGGUCACCUGAUGGCACCUGUCAUUGCACACGCCUUCUGUAACCACAUGGGCUUCCCAGCCUUCAGCGAGGUGAUGGGUUACCAGAAAUCCACCCGCACCAGACUUGUCACCUUCUUUGUAGCGGGCAUGUUGCUGUGGAUUGUGGUGUUAUACCCAAUGACAUCUCCCUGGCUGUUUGCUAACGAUGUGUACAGUGUGUGAAUGAUAUGUUGCCGUGUGACAGCUGUGUGACGAGAGUGAGAGGAAGUCGCUGCUUCAUACCCACUCCGUGUCUGCUACUGAUGCUACCUGUCUCCAUCACCAGGGGGUGUGCAAUAUCCACCUGGCAUGCUGGACUGUGGGUGUAACCAUGGAAACAGUGGACCUCAUCACCUACCAGGGAUUUAACCAGAUCCCGUAGUCAUUUCAUUUCACAUUGUGUAGAUUAUGUUCAGGAACCUGAUGGGAACAGUCUGGUGUGUUGAGGCGACACGGAACAUUGUACAUACCCUGUUCGGCCCACAGGAUCUGCUUGGUUCAACAUGAGAACAAAAUCUUCCAACAUGAAGGUUAUCAAAUGUGUGGAUAGAAAUAUGAAUGAAACUUUACUCUCUUUCAGCUCUUGCAUGGUUUCAAAUCAUAAUAUUAACAGACAAAACUAUUUACUUGAUAUUAAUAUAUAGGUAAGGCUGAAAUAUGUCAUAAAGGGUGACUAAAAUAUCUGAACAGCAGCAUGUCUAUGAUGGAAAGCUUAUUCUCUUAAUGAAACCUGAGUACGAUCAGUACAAACAUUUAUUCAACAAUUAGGUCAUAGACUUCCUCAUAUUUAAAUUUCUUCCUGAAGUUGGAAGUAAUUUCACUAAUUUUACCUGUAUUCAUAUAUUUGAUGUUGUGGGAAGUCCAAAACUUACAGGUAUAGGAAAUGAGAGGCUAGUUGUAAGCCAUU